UCUCUCCCCCCCCCCCCCCCCCCCCCCCGCCGUGGAGAUCCCGUACGUCCACCCGGAACGUGGGUUCCUUCCUUCUUCCGCUGCCUUCCCGUGCAGCUCCAUGCUUGACCUCCGUCGUCGACGUUGUUCUUCUCCAUAGCACCACCUGGUACCACGCUACCUUUGGCGGCGAGUGCGUGGUUGACUUCCUGAUGAACUCUUCAGAUCGUUGCGGCCGAUCGGUUCCGAGGAGGAAGACGACGCGGUGCGGGCGGCUCGUUUGCGCGGCGGGUAACUUCGCGGACGCUCCCUGUGGUAUCAGUUACCUGGCUCGGCUGCUGCAGAGUGUCUUCGUUUCAACUCGAGUCUGAAGAUGCUGGCAUGCAUCGCGUGCUCCUCGAAGGAAGGCGGAGAGGACGGCUCCCGUGCCGCGGCCACGCCGCACGGCAAAGAUGCCGUCAAGUCUCUCACCUCACAGCUCAAGGACAUGGUGCUCAAGUUCUCCGGCUCCAGCAAGCACCAUCAGUACAAGGGGACGGCCGGGACCCGAUCAUCGUUCAGGAGCGGCGGGGGCAGCUACCUCCGCCCCUACCCCGGCUUCAUCGACGACACCGGCUUCACGCCGGCGGCGAGCAGGGUGAUCGGCGAGGACUACUACCCGAGGACCGGACUGGCAGCGGGAAGCGCCGCCGGCGGCGCGCGAGCCGCGCCGUCGGACACGUUGGACGUGACCAGGAGGCAAGGGGCAGGCAAGAGCCCCGGCGGUAGCGGCUGGGUCCCGAGCACCGGGGAGGAUGUUGGCGCUGUGGAGGAGGCCGCGCCCAGGGAGUGGACGGCGCAGGUGGAGCCCGGCGUCCAGAUCACCUUCGGCACCAUCCCCACCGGCGGCAACGAUCUCAAGCGUAUCCGCUUCAGCCGGGAGAUGUUCAACAAGUGGGAGGCGCAGCGGUGGUGGGGCGAGAACUACGACCGCAUCGUGGAGCUGUACAACGUGCUGACGUUCAGCGGCCGGCAGCAGGGGUGCUCCACUCCGGUGUCCUCCGUCGACGACUCCGUUCUGAGAGAGUCGUCCUACUCCCAUGGCGGCUCGACGAGCAGGGGCAGCCCGGCCGCCGCGCCGCUGCCUCCGCCUCCGCCUCCUCCUCCGGCGGCGAGCAAGGAGCCGAUGGCGCGGAGCGCGUCGUGCAAGGCACCGCCGGGGUCCUCGUCGUCGGCGCCGUACGCGGCCGCGCCGUCCACCAGGGCGGCGUACUACCCGUCCACGGCCGUGCCCGACCCGUCGGACCACGUCUGGGCGCACCACUUCAACAUGCUCAACUCCGCCGCCGGCACGUCCGCGACGGGCGGCGGGGUCUCCUCGUCCUACGACCCGUCGCGCGCCACCACGUCGUCCCGGGACGAGGCCUCCGUGUCCCUCAGCAACGUGAGCGACCUGGAAGCGGCGGAGUGGAUCGAGGAGGACGAGCCGGGCGUGUGCCUCACCAUCCGCGAGCUCGGCGACGGCACCCGCGAGCUCCGCCGCAUCCGCUUCAGCCGGGAGAGGUUCGGCGAGGACAGGGCCAAGGUGUGGUGGGAACAGAACAGAGAGAGGAUACAAGCGGAGUACCUGUAGCGAGAGACGGGACAGAGAAAGGGAUGCAAAUUGCAGGUUCUGACGAUGGGGACAAUCAAACGUGUUGGGGGGAUACAUAUUAGGGAGAUAAUACCGCUAUACAUGGCGAAAAGGGUGUGAAGGGUGAAAGAAAACAGGUGAUGGUACUUGGCUUUGGGUAAGCUUGUUGUACAUGGAGCUUUGGGGGUAAACUUGGGUGUCUAGAUAUUAAAGUCUGGUUCAGUUACCUUGAUAUUCACAUUUUGGUUGCUUUCUUGGUUAAUCUUGCUCAUCUUAAUCCUCCGUUAUCUUGCUUUUUAGGUCUUGGGUUUAUGUAAGUAGUCCUCCUUUUGUUAUGGUUGGAAAAUAAGCUGGCAGAUUAUGGUGGGGUUUCUAGUAAUGCAAGAACGUGGAUGUUCUCUAGAGAACCGUCAGGAUUCAGAUGAAUGAAAUGUGCCGAUUUGAAGGGA